AAGGUCGACCAGUCGACAUUCUCGCUCGUUUAACCAACUCUUACAGCUCAUCUUUAACAAGUAAAAGUUAAUUCCAUAUAAUUUGGCAGCAUUUUUCGUUAUGAGGCACUGACUUAUCGGACCCCCCUCGCGGGGUCGCUCAAAGCUGUAAAAGAAUGUCUAUUCAGACUAGAUCCGCAGUUGGGUAUAGCGGGGGCCAGGUGACAUGGACUGGCCCAGACGAGUGCGCUUGGACAUGCGGCAACGCCGUGGUGCUGCACACUCUGGGCUCGAAAGCACAGCGUGUGCUGAAGGGCACUGGCUUCGGCAUCAGUUGCUUCGCGGUCAACAAGCGCCACGGGCUGCUGGCCAUCGCGGAGAAGGGCUUAAAGCCGAUGGUAACUGUGUACUCUACCAAGACGCUGCAGCCUCUAGCAAAGCUACUGCCUGGUGAUGUGCGGGAGGAGGGCGCUGGCGGCGGUGCGGACAAGCCGUCGGGGUCGGGGGCCGUAUCUGGCAAGCAGCAGUCCUCAGGCCCGAGUGUUGUGCUGGGCGUCACCUGCCUGGCCUUCUCCAAUGACGGCGAGAGGCUAGCGGUGUGUGGCGACGAGCCGGACUGCUCUGUCAUUGUCUACGGCUGGCGCAAGGCUGAGGUGCUGGGCCGCUGCCGUAUGCCCGCGGCCGCCAGCUCCGCCUCCAGUACCUCGCCCGCCUCCUCCGUGUCCUUCCACCCGCUGGACGCCAGUGUGCUGGCCACCAGCGGGCCAGGAGGCGCCUGUGCAGUGUGGUUCCUGGAGCCACUGUGGGAGAAGGCCGUCUUCAGACCGCUGCAGCUGGCGGCGGGCGCACUGCCGGCCGGCGCCGAGGUUACGUGCCACGCGUGGGGCCCCGGCGGGCUGUAUGUGGGCACCAGCACUGGCGGCCUGGUGCUGCUGGACACAGCCACCAUGGCGCCACUGCAGCUGCAUGCAGCGGCAGGGGGGGCAGCUGGAGAGGUGGCGGGGGGCGCCAGCGGAGGCGCGUCAUCGCCCACGCCGGGCGCCAGCAGCGGCGGGGCAGCAGGUGGAAGCGUGGUGGCUGUGGUGCCAGACGCAGUCACCUCCGGGGCGGCGGUGACAGCCCUGACGCUCAACCGAGAUCUUGUGGCCGUGGCGGGCGCAGACGGCAGCGUGCGUGUGUUUGUGUCCGUGCCAGCAGCUGCCGCGGCCAUCACCCCCGAGCCGCUGGCGCUCAGCCACGAGGUGUGGCUGGGCCGGGCAGGACCGGCCAGAGGUGUGGCGGUCGCCAGUGCCGAGUGUGGCGGAGCUGACCACGCCACGCUGCUGCUGGGCUGCCCCGACGGCACCAUGUAUCGGGCGCCACUGGCUCCGAAGCAGGGUGGCGGCCCCACGCACUCGGUCCUGGUGGUCGACUGCCAUGUGGGCCGGCUGGCGGGGGUCGUGCCGCAUCCAGGCGGCGGCGCCUUCCUCACCACCGGAAGUGACGGCAGUGUGCGAGUGUGGAGCACCACGGAUGGCGCACUGCUAGGCCGCAAGCAGCUGAGCAGUGCGCAGACAGCCCUGGCAGCCGCGGCUCCGGGGGCGUCGCUGGCGGCAGUGGGCAGCGAGACGGGCGUGGUGCGAGUGUUGGUGCUGCCGCCCGCCUCCACGGCAGCCUCCGCGGCAGCUUCUGACGCGCCACUGCCUGCGCUGCGAGUGCUGUUCCGGCAGCGGCUGCACUCGGCGCCUGUGGACGUACUGGUGUUCAGUCCGGCCAACGACCUACUGCUAUCAGCGGGGCGGGACGGCAUCGCCUGGCUGUGCUCGGUGGACGCGCGGGGUGGCCGGGUGCGGCCGCUGGGCUGCCUGUCCCUGCCGCCCGGAGAGCGAGUACUGAGUGCCACCUGGCCGCGUAGCGACGGCGGCAGCGGCGCAGCCAGCGGCCACGCGCAGGCUGGCCCCGUCAGCACCACAUCUGCGGAGGGUGAUGAACCCAGCUGCUUGCUCAGCCUGGCUGGUGGCGGGCUGAUGUGCCUGACCGCCAGUGCGGAGCUUCACAGCGGCAACUGGCGCAACCCGUACCCAGACAUGGUGCUGGUCAGGCCGCUUGGAGGGGCCGGCGGCGGGGGCGCAGGCGGCGGCGCCUCUCGGGCGCUGGGCAGUGACACGGGCGACGGGCCGGGCGGUCCGGAGCUGGUGACCAUCAAGCUGCUGCGCCUGGAGGUGGCCAUGCUGGCGGUUGCGGCUGUGCCGGGAGACCGCUACGGCGACGCUUACGGCCUGGGUGCGGACAAGCAGCUGCACAAGCUGGUGCUGCCCGCAGAGGCGGCGGCGUGGGCAGGCCUGAGGGCGCGGCCGCUGCGUAGCGCGCAGCACGUGCCCGCGCACGCCCGUGCCUCGGGCGGCGUGGCUGUGGCCCCUGGCGGCCACCUGCUGGCGAGCGGCGCGGCGGACGGCACUGUGGCACUGCGCAACAUGAGCCUCAUCACGCUAGCAGCGCAACAGGGAGGAGACGGCGCAGGUGCUGGCCUGCACGACAUCACGGCGGGCGGUGUCGUGACGGUGUCGUUUGAUGCCACUGGCCGGUACCUGGCCUCCGCGGGCGCCGACGGGGCGUUGUUCGUGUACGAGCUGGUGGGCAACUCGGUGGCGGGGCCGCAGCACCUGGUCACGCCGCCGCCGCCAGCCGCGCCGCCGGCACUGCCGGUGGGCUCCGCCGCCGCCAGCCGCGCCGAAGGCGGCGAUGACUUUGACGACCCGGCUGAGCUGACGGUGGUGGCGGCAGCGCGGCGGGAGGCGGCCAUGGGCGGCGUGGAGGGCGCGGCCGGCGGCGAGUCCAAACGUGCAGCGGUGGCGAACCGCCUGGCGACACUGCGCUCGCGCAUCGCGGACCUGCUAGCGGCGAACGAGGCCGCGCCGGAGCUGGAGCGCCUGACGCGUAACGACAUGAUUGUGGACGUGGGGCUGGUGGAGGAGCUGCAGCGGGAGACGGAAAACCGCGUGGCGGCGGUGCAGGCGGCCGUGAAGAAGGAGCACCUGCGCACCGAGCUGCUGGCAGAGCGCGUGCGGCGCAUGGUGUGGGACAGCAUGGCAGUCAAGGGCGCGGUAAUCAGUGGUCUGCGCGCGCCCGUGCGUGUGCACAACUUCCCCCUUACACAGCCAGGGCAGCAUGAGCGCGUGCUGAAGCAGGUGACCAUGCUGCGGCGUGUGGAGCUGGCGGAGCAGGCGGCGCUGGGCGUCAUCCCCUACGGCCUCAUGUUCCGCGGCAAGGGGCUGGAGGGGCUGCUGGGCGAGGACGACCUGGCAGAUGGAACCCACUCCACAGCCGACAUUGCAGCGGCAGUGGCGGCGGCAGCGGCCGCAACAGCAGCGGCAGCAGCUGCGUCUGCUAACGCAGUUGGCGCAGCUGGAGCCGCCGCUCCCGGCAGCGCUGGCACUGGUGCUGGUGCUGGGGCCGGUGGCGCCGCGCCUGCCUCUGAGCUGGACGCACUGCUGUACAGCGAUUUCGACGUCUACUGCAACACCCGCAAGGCGUUGCAAGUGCAACUGCUGAAGCAGAAGAUGCGAGACGUGCAGGCGGGCUUUAACACCGACUUCAACAAGGUGGCGGCCGCCAAGAAGGCCGACUGCGACCGCAUCGCUGACCUCAACGCCCGCCUGGACGACACGCUCAAGGACCUGCGCAAGCUGGGCGCCGGGCCGCCGGCUGGGCUGCUGGACGAGCGCUUCAGCCUGAGCGCGCAGCAGGACACACGCGACAACAUCGCGGCCACGGUGCUGAUGGUGCGCGAGGAGGAGGUGGGCGCCGAGCGGUACGUGAGCCCGGCGGAGCGCGCCAAGCAGGAGGCGGCGCGUAAGGCGGACGAGGACGCGGCCAAGCGCUCGGCCAAGGACAACGCCGGUGAGCGGGCGCUGCGCCAGAUGAUGGGCGGCACGCUGGCGGCUCGCGGCGGCGGCCAUGACGAAUCCAACCCCUUUUCGCUGCCCAAGCCCGCCUGGCUGGUGGCGCUGGGCGUGGAGCCUGAUGCCGUCAACCCCAAGCUCAUCACUGAGGAGCAGAACCGCGAGCUCAAGGAGUGGCAGGCUAAGGAGAAGUCGCUGCAGGAGGAACGCGCCAAGCGAAUAACGGUGCUGGAGAUGGAGCUGCGCACCGCCAAGGCCGCGGUGGAGGAGCUGGUGGGCCGCUUCGAUGACUCGCUGGCGGCGCUGGCGGCGCGGCGGCACCGGGCGGCGGCGGAAGUGUGCGCGCUGGAGUCGCGCAUCGUAAUGCUAGCGGCCAGCGUGGGCCGCUGCGCCAAGACGUCCGAGGCGGUGGAGCGGGGCCUGCUGGCGCGUCUUGGCGCGGCCAAGGAGGCACAUGGCCGGGCGGCGUCGGAGCUGAGUGAGCGGCGGGCGGCACUGGCUGAGCUGGAGUCGCGUCAGGCCCAGCUGGGCGCUGACGAGCGACUGAUGGACCGCAACUUCAAAAAGGAGUUUGCGGAGGCCGACAUCCACCUCAACCGCCUGCUGCAGCUCUACAGGGCGCGAAAGCCUGAGCAGCUGGCCAGCAUGCCUGGCGGCGGGGCGAUCGGUGCAGCAGGUGGGCACCAGAGCGGCGUGGAGGCCAGCAGCGGCAGCUUCAGCCGCGUGCCGGGCGGAGCGCCGGGGCUGCACCGCCAGGCCAGUCUGGCGCACAGCCCCUCGGGCGCCGCUGCGGCGGGCGGGGAAGCAGCCGGUGCCGCGACAGCCGCGGGCGGUGCAGGGUCGAGCGGUGGCGCCGCUCCUUGCGGUGCGGCCGGUAAUCCUUCAACAGGUCCACCAGCCAACAUCACGCCCACCUACACGCACGCCCUGCCGCUACCGCAUGCCGCGGUCGCAGCCACCACGCUUAAUCCCUUCCCGGACGCACCGCCGGGUGCCUCCGGCCACGACCGGCCCGGCUCCUCCGCGCUGCACCCCUCUCACAGUCACGCCAGUGUGCACGGCAACCACGCGCACCACCACCUCUCUGCUGCCGCUGCCGCCGCCGGCCAUUCCGACCCGCUGCACAACCUGUCUGGCCUCAAGCCCGAGGGCCUGGACGCCGCGCUGUGGGACCGCUUCGUGGCCUACAGGGCUGAGCGCCUAGCCGCGGAGGCGGGUGCGCGCGCUGCGGCCGGCGACUUGGUGCUGGCGCGGCGCGACCUGCCCGAGCUGGAGAGCCGCGAGGCCGCCCUGGGCUCCGAGAUGGAGGUGCUGAUGGGCUCCAUCACGGCGCUGAGGUCGGAGCGCAAGGUGGCGGCGUACGACAACGAGGUGCAGCUGAGGUUGCUGGCCGGGCAGGUGGAGGCCAUGCCGCCGCGCCCCGCCUCGGCAGACAUGAGCGACGCCCGGCUGCUGGGUCGUGGCGUGGUGGAGUCUCUCAACAGCGUGGUGCUGGGCAAGGGCACCAAGAAGGUGGAGCUGUUGACGGCCAUGAAGGACUUUAAGCGCGGCAUCUACGCGGCGCAGUGGGAGGCGCAGGCUGCGGACAUGCGGCUGGACGACCUGCGCGCCAAGAUCCGCGACCUGCAGCUGCUGCACGUCACACGCGACAUGCAGACCGUGCUCAAGGACGGCGAGGACCGGUCCAGUGCACUGGAGGCCGCCAACCUGGAGGCGCUCAUGAAGCAGCGCGAGCGGCUGCACGCCAAGGCGCUGGAGGACAAGCGGCGGCGGCUGCGCAAACUGGCGGCUGACGUGUCAUCCCGCAGCGCCCAGAACCAGGAGGUGGCGGUGCACCUGGUCACACUGGGCAAGGUGCUGGAGGAGCAGCAGCGGCUGCAGGCGGGCAUGCAGAGCGCCAACGACCAGGCCACAAGGCGCAUGCGCAGUCUGGUGACUCACAAAAAGCUGAAGGAAAUUGCUCUAGCGCAGCAAAACGAGCUUGGGGAGCUCAGGCAGCAGCUGGAGAAGCUGCGCCUGCGCACCUACCCCACCUUCAUCGAGAGCGGCGCUGUGGCGGGCAUGCCAUCGCCACCCCGCCGGCUGCCUCCCGACAUCAAGCUGCUCGCAGGCAGCCCAAGCAGCAGCAGCGUGGCGGGCAGGACGUGAGCGCAGUGCAUGGCGGUAGUGCUGUGGCGGGUAGGGAAAUGACCAGCAGGAGGACGGGUUAGAUUGCAGGUGUGGUAUGAACUGGUCCUAGAGCUAAAUGUUGUCACAUGUGUGACGUUGUGAUGGCCACAGGGCUGGACAUGGGCCUUGGGGGAGGGAAUAGCGACCUGGGGCUCCAGGACUGUGCCGCGACAGGCUGGGAUGGGACAAGCUGCCCGGAGUUAACUCAUAACUGUGACACCGAGACGCUGCACUCGCUUGUUAAUAUCUAGUUGUUUGCCAGCUGGUUAUUCCUGUGCCUCUUUGUAAACGUUUGGUUGC